AGGUGUCUCCCGCGGACGCUGGGUGGGCAGGAUCAGCUGACGCAGCCCUGGCUGAGCUGAGUGUGUGCGGCGGCGGUGGCUGUGCUGGCUGUGACUGUCUCCCCUUGCUCCUGGCUGUGUAGAGCCGCUCAGUAACCCAGCACCGGCCCCCGUGGACAGCCUGCCCGGAGAGAACCCCCGCUCACCUUCAUCAGCCGCGGAUAUAAGGCGCCCUGACCUCCUGCUGCAGCCAUGCUGCCCCAUAUAGCGCUGCUCCUCCUGGCUGCCGGAGCCCUGGCUGUAGAGGUGCCUGCAGAUGGAAAUGCCGGAUUAUUGGCAGAGCCACAAAUUGCCAUGUUUUGCGGUAAACUCAACAUGCACAUGAAUGUCCAGAAUGGAAAGUGGGAAACUGAUGCUUCUGGGACUAAAAGCUGCAUUGGGACCAAGGAGGGCAUCCUUCAGUACUGUCAGGAGGUCUAUCCAGAGCUACAAAUCACCAAUGUUGUUGAAGCAAACCAACCAGUGACAAUCCAGAACUGGUGCAAGCGUGGGCGCAAACAGUGUAAGAGCCACACCCACAUUGUGGUUCCCUAUAGAUGUCUGGUUGGUGAAUUUGUUAGUGAUGCCCUUCUCGUCCCUGAUAAGUGCAAGUUCCUUCACCAAGAGAGGAUGGACAUUUGCGAAACUCAUCUUCACUGGCACACUGUUGCUAAAGAGUCUUGCAGUGAAAAAAGUAUGAGUCUCCAUGAUUACGGAAUGCUCCUGCCCUGCGGGAUCGACAAAUUCCGAGGAGUAGAGUUUGUCUGCUGUCCCGCUGCAGACGAAAGCGACAGCAUUGACUCUGCAGAUGCUGAAGAUGAUUCCGAUGUGUGGUGGGGUGGUGCAGAUGCAGACUAUGCAGAUCGAAGCGAUGACAAAAUGGUGGAAGGUCAGCAAGAGGAGGAAGAGGAAGUGGUGGAAGUAGAACAAGAGGAAGUCGAUGACGACGAUGAAGAUGGUGAUGAUAUUGAUGAGGAGCCUGAGGAGCCAUUUGAAGAAGCCACUGAAAGGACCACAAGCAUUGCCACUACUACCACAACCACUACUGAAUCUGUGGAGGAAGUUGUAAGAGAGGUGUGCUCUGAACAAGCCGAGACCGGCCCUUGCCGAGCAAUGAUCACCCGCUGGUUUUAUGAUGUGACCGAAAGGAAAUGCGUACAGUUCAUUUAUGGAGGCUGUGGCGGGAACCGAAACAACUUUGACUCUGAGGAUUACUGCAUGGCAGUCUGUGGCAGCGUCAUUCCCACUACUGCGGCCAGCACACCUGAUGCUGUCGACAAGUACUUAGAAAAUCCAAAUGAUGAGAAUGAGCAUGACCGAUUCCAGAAAGCAAAAGAGAGAUUGGAAGGAAAGCACCGGGAGAGGAUGUCGGAGGUAAUGAAGGAAUGGGAGGAGGCUGAGCGUCAAGCCAAGAACCUUCCAAAAGCAGACAAGAAGGCUGUCAUUGAGCGCUUCCAAGAGAAAGUGGAAUCACUUGAACAAGAAGCUGCAAAUGAAAGACAGAAACUGGUGGAAACACACAUGGUUAGAGUAGAAGCCUUGCUAAAUGAUCGUCGACGAAUUGCUCUAGAGAAUUACAUCACUGCCUUACAAGCAGAUCCCCCAAGGCCACGCCACGUUUUCAAUAUGCUGAGGAAAUAUGUCCGUGCCGAGCAGAAAGACCGGCAGCAUACUCUAAAACACUUUGAGCAUGUCCGUAUGGUAGAUCCUAAGAAAGCUGCCCAAAUCAGAUCUCAGGUUAUGACACACCUUCGAGUCAUUAACGAGAGAAUGAAUCAGAGCUUCUCUCUACUCUACAAAGUGCCUGCGGUGGUAGAAGAGAUUCAGGACGAAGUCGAUGAACUCUUCCAAAAGGAACAGAACUACUCAGAUGAUGUAUUAUCCAACAUGGUCAGUGAACCCAGAAUCAGCUAUGGAAACGAUGCUCUUAUGCCGUCUCUAACGGAGACCAAGACCACAGUGGAGCUUCUCCCCGUGGAUGGGGAGUUCAACGUUGAGGACCUUCAACCGUGGCAUCCAUUUGGUGUGGACUCUGUUCCAGCAAACACAGAGAACGAAGUUGAACCCGUCGAUGCCCGCCCUGCUGCAGAUAGAGGACUCACUACACGGCCAGGAUCAGGGCUGACUAAUAUCAAAACCGAAGAGAUCUCUGAAGUAAAGAUGGAUGCAGAGUAUAGACAUGAUGCUGGCUAUGAAGUACAUCAUCAAAAACUGGUGUUUUUUGCAGAGGAAGUUGGCUCAAACAAAGGCGCAAUCAUUGGUCUAAUGGUGGGUGGCGUUGUCAUAGCAACCGUGAUAGUAAUCACAUUAGUGAUGCUGAAAAAGAAACAGUACACCUCCAUCCAUCAUGGCGUUGUCGAGGUUGAUGCUGCAGUGACGCCCGAAGAGCGCCACCUCACUAAGAUGCAACAGAAUGGUUACGAAAAUCCAACGUACAAGUUCUUUGAACAGAUGCAGAACUAGGGACACCACUGCAGCCUCUUAAAGUCGGACAGCAAAUGAUUGCUUCACUGCCCAUCGGUGUUCAGCUAUAUACAUAUAUAAAUAUAGAAAAAGAAAAAAGAUCAUGUUGAGAGAAUAAAAACUAAACUACACCACUGUUUUAUUAUUUAAUCAUUUCCGCCUUUUGACAGCUGUGCUGUAACACAAGUAGAUGCUUGAACUAAUGAACAAGAAUCAGUAAUGUAUUCUCUUAACAUUUCAGUCUUUACAUAACAUUAUCAAUGAAUGUUUUUGUGUACUGUAAAGAGUUUAGCCGUCUUUAACUAGUGCAUGAAUAGCUACCUUUCCUGAUAAUUUAUCACGUAGAUCCUUAAACCAGUUGUAUAUUAUUCUUGUGAUUUGUGACAAAAUUAAGUCCUGAUUGAAAUCUGCUUUAAAAAUGAUUGGGGAUGCAUUCUGUGUAUGUGAGGAUUUACUGCUUCCCUUUGCGAAUAUAUAUAUAUAUAUAUUUUUUUUUCUUUUCCAUCACCACUAUGCAUUUAUAGGUAAAA